AUAUGGAAUUUUAUAUUAUUAAAUAUUUUUUUGUUCUUGUUGCCGCCAAAGUGAUUGGUGCAGCCGUCCACAUAGAGAGUAUGCAACUUUGUGAGAAACAAGACUAUGCUAUCAUGUGGGGAAUGAAUUUGAAGGACGAAGGUAACCAACAGGUUGUUGAGGACGGAUUCAUGGAAACUAAAAUAGAUGUGGAUAAUGAUGUAAUGAAUAAAAUAAUAAUUUAUAAGAAAGAAGGUGAAAACUGGAACCAGCUUGUGACUAAAACCGAUGGCACUUGUAUAAUGGCCAAAAACUUUAUGGGCGAAUUCAUAAACGGUUUAGAAAAUGCAGCUGGAAUGAAACAGACAUGUCCUUAUACUAAGGGCAAAUAUCAAAUCAAGAAUUACCCAUUAGAUUUCAGCACAUUUAAAUACAAGGAUUUCCCUCCUGGUACUAUCAAAAUAAGAUCAGAAUUUUACGGAAAAAAUGAUUCGGAAAAACUACUGUCAUGUUAUGAAGCUAUAUUUACUAUGACAGCUUAAAAAUACUAUAUUUGUUAUAUUAUAAUUAAAAUAUA